AUGACUGCAGACCCAUCUUAAAAACUUGCAAAAAUAGAAAAGCAACUUUUUGAUUUAGCAAGUAAGAAGAUUGAAAGUAAAAGCUUUCAAGAUUCAAUAGAUUUACUUAGAAUUUGUAUUGACAUAAACGAAAAAAAAGAUUGUUAUUUAUAUUCUUUAGGAUUGUCGUAGUAGAAUAUUUAUUUGAUAGAUGAGGCUAUUCAAUCUUUCAAAAAAUGCUUGGAAUUUAAUCCUAAACAUCAAAACGCAUUGAAUUAAUUAGGAUACGCUUACCACUAAAAGAAAAUGAUUAAUGAAUCUAUUGCUUGCUACAAAAAAAAUAUAGAACUGCACCCAAAUGAUCACCUUUCUUACUAUAAUUUGGGACUUGCUUUGCAUGAUUCUGGUAAAUUUUAGGAAGCUAUUAGCUCUUAUAAUAAGGCUAUUUAGCUUAAGCCUAAUUAUGAAAUGUGCUAUGAAGCUUUAGGAAACUUAUAAUAAGAUAUGGGGUUAAUUCAAGAAGCCAUUUUUUCGUAUAAUAAAAUCCUUGAAGUGAAUCCUAAAUAUGAAAACGGAUACAACUGCCUUGCAAAUAUAUAUUAUAAAAUAGGAAAGGUAGAUGAAGCAAUAUCUAUUUUUAAAUAAUGCAUAGAAGUCAAUCCUAAGCAUGAAAACACAUAUAUAAAUUUAGGACUUACCUAUAAACGUAAAGGAAUGUCUGAAGAAGCUCUCAUUUUAUUCAAAAGAUGUUUAGAAAUAAAUUCAAGAAAUGAAGUAGCUCACUACAAUAUAGGUUUGGAGUAUAUUCAUUAAGGUAGAGUAGAUGAAGCUAUUCUUGUUUUCUUAAAAUCCUUAGAUUUGAAUCCAUCUUACGAAGAAUGUUUAAAUAGUCUAGCUAGCGCCUAUGAAGAAAAAGGGAUGAUGGAAGAUGCAAUUGAAACUUAUUAAAAAUGCUUGUAACUUAAUUAGAAUAACGAAAUAGCACUAUACAACUUAGGUUUAAUUUACAAAUAACAAUGUUAGUUUAGCUAAUCUAUUCUUUAUUUCAAAAAAUGUAUUCAGAUAAAUCCUAAGGAUCCUGAUUACUAUAACGGACUAGGAAAUUCCUAUAGAUUAAAUGGUUAGCUAGACGAUUCUAUUUAAACAAUCUUAAUAUGUGUUAAAUUAAACCCAAAUGAUGAUUCCUAUCAUUACAAUUUGGGUUUAGCGUACUACCAAAAAGGCUGCUUCCUUGAGGCUUCAUAAUACUUUAGUAAAAGCUUGGAAAUAAAUCCAAAAGACUCAUAAACUCUUUAUCAUUAUGGACUAUGCUGUUAUGAAUUAGAAUAAUUAGAUAAAGCUGUAUCUGCUUUUGUGUAAAGCUUAGAAUAUGACCCUAAGAACGAAAAUACUUACUAUAACUUAGGUUAAGCAUACUAUGACUAAAAUAAAAUAGAAGAGUCUAUUUAAUGCUUCAAAAUUUGUCUUGAAAUUAACCCUAAUAAUUCGUUGUAUUACAACAGCUUAGGUCUUUGCUUUUGCUAAAAAGGUUAGCUAGAUGAAGGUAUAGCCUGCUUUAAAAAGAGUCUUGAUAUCAAUCCUAGUGAUGAAAACACCCUAAACAAUUUAGGUAAUACCUAUAGAUUAAAAGGCAAUAUAGAGGAUUCUAUAAAAUGUUAUAAAGUAUGCCUAGAAAUUAAUCCAAGAAAUGAUAUUUGCCACUGUAAUCUAGGAAUUGCUUAUUUUUAAAAGGGAAUAAUUGAAGGAGCUAUACAAUCUUAUAAAAAAUCUCUGGAAAUAAACCCUAAAAACGAGUACUCUCUUUAUUAUUUAGGUCUAGCUUUUUAUGAAAAAGGUAAAUUUGAUGAUGCAAUAUUAUCAUAUAGGUAAUGUCUAGAAUUAAAUCCAUAAGAAAAUUUGCAAAAUCAAUUUAUUGGCCAUGAAUAUAGAGAAAUAGGAAAUCUCGAUUAAGCCAUUUAAUCAUACAAACAAUUUCUGUAAACAAAUUUUUAAAAUUGA